AAAAGAGAAAAUGAAGGUAAUCAGAAUGUCGAUUCUUCUCCCAUUGAUCGGCCUCCUCCUCCUCGCCACCGCCGGCACCGGUGAUGCACACAACAUCACACACAUCUUGGCCAAGUACCCAGAAUUCUCAACCUUCAAUCACUACCUCACAACCACCCACCUCGCGGCAGAGAUCAACCGCCGCCGCACAAUCACAGUGUGCGCAGUUGACAACUCCGGCAUGAGCGAACUUCUCUCCGGCCAUUACUCCCUCUACACUAUCAAGAACAUCCUCCGCCUCCACAUAUUCGCCGACUACUUCGGCUCCAAGAAGCUCCACCACAUCACAAAGGGCUCCACCACCACCUCCUCCCUCUUCCAAGCCACCGGCGACGCCUCCGGCACCUUCGGAUACGUCAACAUCACCAACAUGAAAGGCGGCAAAAUCGGCUUCACCCCCGUCGUCGUCAGCGACACCCGGCCGGACGGCCAACCCAUGGCCACAUUCGUCAAAUCUGUAGAGGAGUUUCCGUACAACAUCUCCGUCAUCCAAAUCAGCCACAUUCUCUCCUCGCCGGAUGCUGAAGCCCCCACCGCCAGCCCCACCGACGUAAACAUAACUACUCUCAUGGCGGAGCAAGGCUGCAAGUCCUUCUCCGACCUCAUAAUGGCGGACUCAGGCGUCGGAGACACCUUCGCUCUGAGCGUCGAGGGUGGGCUCACCAUCUUCUGCCCGUCGGACUCCGCCGUCAAAUCCUUCAUCCCCAGUUACAAGAAUCUUACAUCCGGCGGCAAAACGUCGCUGCUUCUGUACCACGGCGUUCCGGUGUACAAUUCGUUGGUAAUGCUGAGAUCCAGCAAAGGACUGAUGAACACUCUGGCCAGUGAGGCGGCCGGAAAAUACGACUUCACGGUGGAGAAAGACGGCGAAGAUGUGAAGCUGCAGACCAAAAUUGUGACGGCGAUGAUUAACGAAACACUGAUCGACGAGGACCCACUCGUUGUUUAUAAGAUCGAUAAGGUGCUGCUGCCCAACGAGUUGUUCCACGAGGUGCCGGCGAAGUUGAAGUCCCACGGCGGAGCGGAUGCUCCUGGUCCCGUUUUUAAGUAA